GGAACGGUGGUUGCGCGGCGCGGGCGGCGCCGUUUCGGCGGCGCACGGGCCGGGCCGGUUAGCGGGUGCGCAGCUGGCGCUGUCAGUCGCAGCCCAAGAUGGCGGCGGCCGGGGGCGGAUGGAGGCGCUGGUGACGGUGCGGAGACUCGCCGCCGUCUGUACCAUGGGCGCCAAUGCCUCUGCUUUGGAGAAAGAGAUUGGUCCUGAGCAGUUCCCUGUGAAUGAGCAUUACUUUGGCUUGGUCAAUUUCGGCAAUACCUGCUACUGCAACUCAGUCUUACAGGCACUUUAUUUUUGUCGGCCAUUUCGGGAAAAAGUUUUGGCAUACAAGGUGCAGCCUCGAAAGAAGGAAAGCCUCCUGACCUGCCUCUCUGAUCUCUUCAACAGUAUUGCCACACAAAAGAAGAAGGUGGGAGUCAUCCCACCCAAGAAAUUUAUUUCCCGCUUAAGGAAGGAAAAUGAGUUAUUUGAUAAUUACAUGCAGCAGGAUGCACAUGAAUUCCUAAACUACCUACUGAACACUAUUGCUGACUUACUGCAAGAGGAGAAAAAGCAGGAGAAGCAGAAUGGGAAGCUCCAGAAUGGCAGCAUUGAGAGUGAAGAAGGAGACAAGCCUGAUCUGACGUGGGUCCAUGAAAUCUUCCAAGGAACACUAACCAAUGAAACCAGAUGUCUUAACUGUGAGGCUGUUAGUAGCAAAGAUGAGGACUUUCUGGACCUCUCGGUUGAUGUGGAACAAAAUACAUCAAUUACACAUUGUCUAAGGGGAUUUAGUAACACUGAAACUCUAUGCAGUGAAUACAAAUACUAUUGUGAGCAGUGCCGCAGCAAACAGGAGGCACAGAAGAGAAUGAGGGUGAAGAAGCUGCCCAUGAUCCUGGCUCUGCACUUGAAGAGGUUCAAGUACAUGGACCAGCUGCACCGCUACACCAAGCUGUCCUACAGGGUGGUGUUCCCCCUGGAGCUGCGGCUCUUCAACACCUCGGGGGAUGCCACCAACCCCGACAGGAUGUACGACCUGGUGGCCGUGGUGGUUCACUGUGGCAGUGGCCCAAACCGUGGGCAUUACAUCACCAUCGUGAAGAGCCACGGCUUCUGGCUGCUGUUUGAUGAUGACAUUGUAGAGAAAAUUGACGCCCAGGCCAUUGAAGAAUUCUAUGGGUUAACAUCAGACAUUUCCAAAAACUCUGAAUCUGGAUAUAUCCUCUUCUACCAGUCCAGGGACUGAGACAAGAGACACAAAGGAUGGACACAAGGAAAAAGGGAUCAAGCUUUGUCCGAGUGGAACACGUUUGUGCCAGCAGAGCAGUUCCUCGGUGAUGCUGUAGGACCAGGACAGACGCAGGGGGAGGAGAGAGCUCCCUCCUGCCCUUUUUGGAGGAUUAGUGCUGAACUGCCCUAACAAGAAGAGCUUUUGUUCCAGUUUUCUUUCUGGGCUUUUUUUUUUUUUAUGUGCUAUCUUCCAAAAUCUGUGUUACCUCUACUUGAAACCUGGCUGCUUAUUUUUUCAUGAACUCAAGAAGAGAUUUCAAAGUAGCAUUGUAGGAUUUUUACCAUUUAAAGUUGGCCUGAGGCUAUACCUUGGUUUCUGCCAUCGUUUUUCUGUAUUUUAGCAGAAUGAUUUCAAUAUUCAGUGUCAGCUGAAGGCAUAUUUUAGGAUAUGAGCAGCAGCUGGUUGCUGGAUAUUUUUGGUGACUCAGACUUGAGAAGCAGUACAAAGCUAAGACGUAUUGGAAAUGUCAAGUCUGUAAUUUUUAUAAAGAAAAAGCAGACAAACCCUUCUCUCUGCAGCAUUGUAAACCUCCCCAUUCUGCAUUCUCUUGGGUUUAGAGAACACUAACAGCACUGCUUCUUUUUGUACUCUUACUUGUGCUGUUCUGUUUCUCCUGCAGAAGGCAGAGAACUGUCUCUACAUCCAGCCUCUCCUGCUGUGCAUUUUCCUUUGGAAGCAGCAGUUUUGCCUUCAGGCCCCGUUGCUGCAGGUUCCAGGGGAGCAGAGCAGCCCUGACCUGUCAAAAACCAUCUCUGCUGUAGAAAAGUUGGGAAUUCCAGCCUUUCUUGGAGCUGUUGCAUAAACCAAAAGUGCCCUCAUUCUGAAGCAGGAUCUGUUCCACAUUUCACUCAAUUCUGAGCAAACUGAUGCAAGUUGCAUUUUGAAUCUAUGCUAAUCCACAGAAACAGCACUAAUUGGGAAGGGCUGGCCAAGGGAAGGGGUAUUUAGGGAACUAAUCCAGGAGUUCUGAGUCUUCAGGGUAAUGAACAGGUGAGAAGAAAAACCAACCAACCAACCCAGCAGAUGUUGCCUGCUCAGUGUUCAGUCGUUGCUGACGUUUGUCUCCAUCUGGGAAUCAUAACCCCCCAUAAAAUGCUUCUGAUUGUUUUACCUCUCUAGGCCUUGCUUCCCAGGGGAAAUGGUUGGUCUGUUGAAGGCUGAAAUGAAGCAAUUAUCUGUUAUGUGUAUAUAUUCUAAUCUCAAGGAUUACUAGGAAGAAAAGACUAAGGAAGUUGGUGAGAAAUCUCAGAAAAUCUUGUGCAAGUUUCUUUUGGAGAAGUCCUCUUGCUGUGCCAAAGCCUGUCACAGCUGGCUCCAGCCUCCCAGUGGGAAUGAGUGUUCUGCUGGGUCCCUGAGCUGUGUGUCCUCAGUGUGGCUGUCACAGCCCCUCAUUUGUCCCCGGUGCUUGUUGUUCUUGAGGAUCUUUAACUUAUGCAAUUCUGUGGCUUGUGCAGGAUAUUCAAUAUUUUACCAAAACACUGUCCUCAGGAAAGCAGCAUCUCACAGUUCCUCGUGCUGCCCGUGUCUGUUCCUUCCUCUCAUGACCACAAAGGUGAUGUUUAGCAAUUAACUCCUGCCUUCAAAAUGCAAAUGAACCAUUGCCAUUUUAUUCCAGCUGGGUACAGCUUCCAUUCUCCUGGCACAUCUCUUCCAGAAGAUAAAAUACGGACAUUGGGUUUUUUAAUUCUUUUUUAUUAUACAGAGUACUCUCAUUUUAAGAGACACAUUCAACAGCAGCAAAAGUGCUUGUCAUCUUGUUCCUGUUGUGUGACAAUUGUUCCUGGCUAAGAGUCUUCUCCCCUUCUCCACACACAAGCUGUGAGUCCUCUCUUGGUGAUGCCAUCAGAAGACUCUCAUGAGUCUUCUCUGAGUCUUGCAAAAAAUGGAAAAAAAAAAAAAAAGAGAGCACUGAGUUAAAAAUAAUCUAAACAGUAAAUACAAAAAGUAAUGUAGUACACUUAGACAUGUAUUUUGUAUAUCUGGUGAUACCUUUUUACAAAUAAAAUACCUGACUGAGAGAUAAUAUUGAAAGAUAUAUACUAUAGAUUAAAAACUGUUCAAAGUGCACUUUUGCUACAGAUUUAUAAGGAGACUAAAAGGAAUUAAAUGGGAAGAGAAUGGUGUGAUGUUACUUCUGUAUAAUAAAUGACCCCACCUGUCUCCAAUAAAGGUCAUUAUGAUCAAA